AAAUUGUACGGGAACUCAUGUUUUAUUAUGGCAUGCAAUCAACUUCUCCGAAAUGAGGCUACCUCGGUGGCGUAGGCGGCCAACAUAAACGAGGGCACAACCUUCGACAGGAAACACUUGCUCGUCUUCACAAAGUUGGAAGAACCUACUAAAAUAGAGCGGUAUUCCCCAGCUACACCCAGUCGAAAACAUUACCUAAGUAACAUCAACAACAUCAAUACUAUAGAUUGUUGACAUGGCUUGCGAAGUCUCGCAAGAUGACCAGAUUGGAGAAGCACUCUUAAUCGGGGUGGUAAGAGACGAGGUGAUGAGCGUAGCAGCCGAGGUUCCAACAGCUUUUCCCGAAACUGGACCAAUAAGCAACAGCCAGGACCAGAAGCUUGUUGAGCAGCUGGCGAAGACCAUCAAAGUGAUCGGCGACAGACUCGAUCAGGAUAAAGCAUUCAACGACAUGAUUGAUGGCUUAGUCAAAGUGGCUGAUAAGAAAAGUUUCUGGGAACUUGUGGAAAAGGUUUUCACAGAUGGCCAGAUCAACUGGGGAAGAAUUAUAGUGCUGUUCUAUUCAGUUGGAAAACUGUCUGCAAAGAUGGUCCUUGCACACUUACCCACAAUUGUUUCAGACAUUUUGAACUUAUGUCUGGAUUACUUUAGGAGGCAUCUAUUGGAAUGGAUUCUCAAAAUGGGAGGAUGGAUGAACAGUAUCCCCGCGCUGGCCUGUUUCUCCUUUGAGCAAUUUUCUGGUUCUUCACUUAGUAAAUAUUCUUCCUAUUUUGGAGCCGCGUUAGCCUUCAUUGGUGGCCUACUGCUGGGUGGCUUCAUCGUCUUGAAAUUUCCAAGAAAAAGCUAUGGCACUGACGUGAAGGCAGAGGACACACGGCAGAUAGAUACAGUUUCAUUGUGCUUUGUGAAGCGGCCAUCGAGUUCAGGAUCAAGGAGGAAAGAGCCCGUUGCAGGAAACUCGCUAAUGGAAUUAGAUUACCAGUUUUCAGAAAGCCUUGUACUUAGGUCAGUGAAGGACCAGGUUCAGAGAGCGGGAAUAUGCGCGCCGUCUCUUCCUGCACCGCAGCCAAUGAGCGCUGAGCGGGAGCAGUUCCUGGACCAGAUGGCCGUCCUUAUCAGAGUCAUCGGAGACUCUCUCGAUCGAGAGCCGCGAUUCAACGACAUGGUUGAUGGGUUUGCACGUGUGGCGAAUAAACCAAGUUUCGAGAUGCUUGUAGACAAAGUGUUUGUCGAUGACAUCACCUGGGGGAAAAUUGUCACUCUGAUCUGUGUUGUUGGGAAAUCCAUUGCAAAGAUUCUUGCUGAUUUUGUCUCAGGUGUUGUGUCUUGGACACUGGAUUACUUCAGGAAUAACCUACUGAACUGGAUCUGCAGUAGGGGAGGAUGGAUUAACAGUAUCUCUUCCUUGGCUCACUACUCUGUUGAGCAAGAUUUCGGUUCCUCAUCCAGCCCGAUCUCCCUCUCCUGUGGAGUCUUCUUCAUCUGUGGAGUACUGCUGGGAGGCGUCAUAGUCUGGAGACUAAAGAGAGCUGCUUGAGGAGGGUCAGUGGAGGACUGAUUAAGUGAGAAACGGAGAAAUGCAGGGAUUUAUAAUUGCAACGGACCAAAUAUUAAGAGGUUUUGACUAAGUAAAAGAAGGUAUGCAAUAUCAUGCAUAGUAAGAAUGUGUAAAACAUCAUUAUUUCUUUGUUUUUUACAUUUCUGGCAUAUUUCAGUCCACGUGGAAGGAUAAAAUAAAUCCAAAAUUGGGGGAGUAUGGCAAGCAGUAGCAGGACUUGAAAUGUCAUAGGUGCUGUGACUGUUCACUGUGAUUGUUACUAACCUCUACCUCUUCUAUAAAAUUUAUAUUAAAAGUGUAUAAAUAACCUUGCGAGACCUUGAUUGUGGACUAAAAAUACCAUGUGCAAAAAUGUAAUUGUUACAUUCGAAAUGUAAAUGCGCCUCUUAAACAAGCCUAAUAUCUCAAACGAGAAUGUCACGUGUUGUUAUCUUACUGAGUACACACACACAUAUCGAGGGCUGAGAACCAGAAGGGCGUAAGUAACAUUUUUGGUGAAAUGGAGAUAGAUAUAUCAAAAGCUCUUAAUGAGCUCUUUCUGGCAAGAGUACUGUCAUCCAUGAGUGUACAAAUUUGUAUGAUAAAAAACUUAAAUCCGCACACAAAGUAUAUUAUGUGAGAAAAAACCUUUAUCUUGGAUGCGAUUAAUCGCAAUUAAUCUUUUGACAGCACUGAAAAUAGAAGUUGUUGUGGUGCUGUCCUGGAUUUUAUGUCAGCGUCCCACUCCCUGCAGUUCUUCUCCAUGCCUCUAGAGACCCCUGUGUUCCCCCCUGCCUCAGUUCUUCCUCGUGUGUCCUUGUUUAGUGAGAUCUAGUUCACCUGUGCCUUGUUUCCCAUUGGGUUUCACUCGAUUUUUGAGUCAUUACUGUGAGUUUCUGCCUUGUGUUACCUAGUCCAUCAAGCUACCUCUAGUAAGUUGUUCGGGUAUUUUUUUUAUUUUGUGCAGUUUACUGGUUUUGUUUUCUCCCCCCACCUCAACAUGUGUUGUUAAAAGCGCUAUAUAAAUAAAAAUGAUUGAUUUGAUUGAA